CACCCGAUCAACAAUUUCGCAGUGGGAAAGACAUGAACAGCUAUGAUUCACGAGGUGAACAUCUAAGAAGAUUAUGGCUGACAUGGAUUCAGACAACCUCACUAACUUAAACAGCAAUGUCACGGACUUCAGCAGUGCUUUUAUAAAGACAGCGCUGCCCGUCUUCUACUGCCUGAUCUUCGCUGGGGGACUCAUUCUGAACUGUUUGGCUGCCUUGAUCUUCUUCAGAAUUCCCAGCAACACCAGCUUUAUCAUUUACCUCAAGAACAUUGUGGUCGCCGACCUUUUGAUGACCCUGACGUUUCCGUUCAAGAUUGUGAACGAUUUUGGCUCGGGGGGCUGGCGGAUGAGGGUGAUCGUGUGCCGUUACACGGCUGUUGUUUUCUACAUGAACAUGUAUGUUGGGAUCACCUUCCUGGGGCUGAUCAGUUUGGAACGAUACCUGAAAAUCGUCCGGUCCUCUGGUGCCUCUGUUAUGCAGAAUGUCACCUAUGCUAGAGUGAUCUGUGCAGCAACCUGGUGCCUUCUCAUCUUUUUUAAUCUACCAAAUUCAAUACUGACCAGCAAAGAAGCUACAGAAGAAACAUCUUGGCACUGCAUCAGACUCAAAACAGAACUGGGGGUGCAGUGGCACAAAGUGACCAACUACUUCUCCGUCAGUAUCUUCUGGGCUGUGUUUCUGCUGAUGGGAUUUUGCUACGCCUCAAUAACCAAGAAGAUCUAUGACUCCUACCAAAAGUGCAGGAGAGACAGGACUGAGACCAGGAAAAAGUCAAACCGGAACAUAUUUAGCAUUUUGGUGGUGUUUUUUAUCUGUUUUGUCCCAUACCAUGCUUGUAGAAUUUCUUACACCUUAAGUCAGACUGCAGGCUCAUUCAGUGCACAGAGCAAGUUUGUGCUGUUCCACCUAAAGGAAAGCACCCUGAUGCUGUCAGCUUUGAAUGUCUGUCUUGACCCUGUGAUUUAUUUCCUCAUGUGUAAACUGUUCAGAGAGCUACUUCUAGAAAGAUUCUCUGAGAAAAGCACCGAAAUGAGAAGAAAAUCCGUCUCUUACAGUGCCACUACAGUGUGAAGAGCUGUAAAUGUUUUUCAGAAAGGAAAGGCGCAGACUUGCAGAAAGACAAAGUCUUGAUACCACUCUCUCUGUCCACUCUCACUGUCCAUUAGUAAAUCUGAGUAUGGGCUUGACCCAAUGGUACCUGCAAGUGAAGAUCUCAUGUUCCAUGUCAAAGUUAUGAUUUAUUCAUAGCUUAAUAAUAUAAGGGGAUAGGAUUUGGGAAGUCUUAGGUUUGAUGCUGUUAAGUACUUAACUUAAUAUUUAAUCAAUAGUAGUAACUUCUCUUCUCUUGACAAGUACUGUACAUAUGUAUGCAGACAAGGCAGAGGGUCGAUUUAAUGUCUUGAAAAUAUGUUGUAUAUGUCCUGUUUGAAAGUAUUGAUUUAAUUAUUUAGAACUGUGAAUGGGUGAGGUGGGAAAAUAAAUAAAAUCUAUUUAAUAAA